CGGCCCUCGUCAGGCAACGGCCCGUGGCCAAACUGGUCGUACUCUCGCCUCCUCUUAUCGUCCGAUAGCGUCUCGUACGCUGGUAGAGACACAGACACAUUACAUCACACAUUUUAAAAGUUCAAUCUUGAGUAAUGUAGUUAUGUUUAUCAUCUAUCUAUUGUUAUUGGAGAUUACAUGACCGUAAUAACGCUAGUUAGGCACCUGUAGACAAUACAUUGAAUGGUUGACCUUUCCAGUGCCAUUUUCAGGGAAUAAAUCAAAGCCAUUCCUUUUGAAGAUUCACUGCAUCAGGCCCCAUUUUGCCCCAUUGCCCUGGAAUGGUGACUCACUUACCCUCUGCUAUCUCCCUGAACUUCGCCUCUGCGUCGGGGCCCUUGUUGCGGUCAGGAUGGUACUUCAGGGCCAGCUUGUGGAAAGCCUUUUUGAUCAGGCGCUCGGUGGCAUCUUUGGGCACCCCCAGUAUGUCGUAGUAGUCCCUCUUGGCCAAGAUGAACUCGGAGAUCAGCAAAAUGUGCACAGCUAGCAGCAACGCCGCCUGUGCUGUGGCCAUACUGUUGGGUUGGUGCACCUUUGCGGGCUGUAAAGAGAGCAGUUGGACACAUCUGUCAACGACGUUUCACAGGCAGGUAGACUUUAAAAGCGGGUUAAAACUUUAAGAUAAACGAACUAUUCCAAAAAUCGCCAGCAUUGGUUACUACUAACAUUACUUUGCUAGUUUCAACAGAGAGGCGUUGGGCUCAAGGAACUCACGGGUUUCUGUGGAAGGCAGAAACUUGAAAGCGGCUCUGUCUUCAAUAAGCUUGUUAAUGAUAAUCUCUUGUUUGUCCUCAGUCGUAAUAAAAACCUUCCCGCGACAAAUAACGUUAAUGCGUAUUGAGAAAAGAAGAGGGAUUACCUGGAGACGAGGUGACACGCACAGCCUGAGAAUACUUAUAUCAGCCGCAGCUCCAGCUGAUGGGAAACGAUAGCUAGCGAUUGUUGACCAGCUGCAUUCCUGAGCAACAACACCACGACUCGCAACGCUAUUGGUCCAUUUCUUUACGCAAUGACUCACAUCGCUGUGAUUGGUGAAAAUAGUGCGCACGUGGGAAUGGGGAGUUUCCGUAAAGAAUACAAGCGAAGCAAGAGGUUUUGCUGCAGAUAUGCCACGGUACUGCGCUGUGAAAGUUUGCAGAAACCGCGGGGGAACUGCAACUAGACAAGACAACAAAAGAAUUAGCUUUUACCCAUUUCCAUUGCAAGACAAGUCCAGGCUUCAGAGAUGGGUGGACAACAUGAGGCGGGAGGAGUGGACCCCGAGUCGACAUCAGUACCUGUGCAGCGAACAUUUUACAGAGGACUGCUUCGAUAUUCGAUGGGGCAUCCGCUACCUGAAGAGCACAGCCAUCCCGACCAUGUUUCCCUCCACCGAGGACGAUGGCGAGAAAAAAGUUCCAAGCAUUAAAAGAAGUUCCAAGGCCAAACCCAUGCCUUUUGACAUUGAGCCGGCAGGAUUUGACUCUCCUCUCAACAAGAUGCCGCUCAUUUUGAGCAGAACGUGUAAAAAAAUCCACAGCGUCGUUGCCAAAGACACGGAGAGGAUAUUUGAGCUACCUUUGGUGUCGGACACUGGGAUCUCCCGUCGUUCAGCUCUCUCAGAGAUGCGGACUGCUCCUUGUGAGUUUCCAGGUGAUGGUGGAAGGCCAACGGUGUCCCGCCUCGCACUGUCCCCACGCAGUGAGCCCCCUCCUCAAGAGCGGGCGGACUCGUUUGUGACCGUGUUGUGCUGCGAGUCGCUGGGCCUUUUCUCGGACGGAGAGCAAGAUGUGGACGCAGCAGCCCUCCAAGCGGCGCUGGGCCAGACGUAUAGCUUUGUCCCCGUGGAGAUGGUCAAGGACGAACCCGCGGCCUGCUUCUUGGAGGAGAGGGGACACAUUUCCGUUUACGAGCACUCGUACUGCAGAUCGGACAGGGACAGAGAUCAGCUUUGGUGUAAGAUCUUGAGCUUGCACGCAAAGAUCUUGGAACUGGAUCGCAGAGAGGAGAGCACCUUGGCCAAAAUCCGCGCUCUGGAGACCGAGGUAGCCCUCCUGAAGAGAGAUGGCGCCGUGUUUAAAGAGAAGCAGAACAUUUUGGAAGAUUAUAUAUCAUCCAUGUUACUCUGAUUUUUACCAUUAAAUCACUUGCUGCAAUGUUGCACAUGCUCCCAUACAUAGAUCCUGGCUUAUUGAGGCACUUAUAUAGAACAGACCCGUUAUUAUUAUUGUUAGUCGCACCUGUGCUUUUCCUACUAUGUCAAGUCAACAUGUCUGCUGUGAGAAAAUGAAGAAGGUAUCUGUGUUUGUCCACAUGGUGGCACUGCAGGACCAUCGUCACACGAAGCGUUUCAAAUCUUCAUUGAAGCAUUGAUUCGUGGCGGCUUGUUGCUAUGCAUCCCUGAUACAUAUUUACAUGUUUUCAUGAUUGGAUCUCGGUUAUACAUCAUAACUUAUUAAUGACUCACCAUGAAUUAUGCUCCAAACUGUUUUAAUACCUUGAUGCACAACUGGCAAAAUGAUUUCCUCACGGUGCUCUGGUAUUUACAUCUGCUGCUUGCUGUUUUGAUUCACAUCAAAUCGACUCGACUCUGCUCGAAACCUCAUUCAGACGUGUGAUGACACUGACUUCGUUAUUCACUCGCAAUCACGUUCCAUGGAAGCAGAGGCUCUUUUUUUUGUCAUUCUGUGCGGUCGAUCCUUGAUUGCCGAUACCCCCCCCUUUCGUUCUGUGGGAUCUCCUUCCAGUCCAACAAUGUUCUGCCUUACAGAAAAAUCAGCGAUGGAUUUACUUUGUCAAAUAAAGUCAUAAAUGUGUUUCCAUGUGCUGCUCGGGGGGGGGGUUGUGUCUGCUAUGCCCCUGGUGAUUGUUUUACACCCCCCACAAUGACGUGAACAUGAACCAGCUGCAGGAUUUAUCUUCCACUUUUCCACCCUGGGCUCGGAAUUAGUCAUCAUAGUAUUUUGGCCAAGUGAGGUGCCUAAUCCUAUUUGGAGCAGCUUUCCAGGAUGAGCCAUCGGCGGUCUCUGCACUGUUGCAGGGCCUGGUCACAGAAUCUGUGGAACAGAUCCGAAUCGUGUGAGGGGCUAAUGCAGAGAUCUUAAAUGGGAUUAGGAGACAGGGGAGAGGGUGAAAUGGUUUCAAAUCAAUUUCCGAUGUAGUUGAUUGCACGUGUGAAAGGAUUUGUGAAGUGCAAUUUCAAAUGGCUCCAGGGUCUUUGCAUCAUGUGAACUGCAGGCAAGGUGACAUUUCCCUGGUGAAGAAUGACUGGGCUAUAGCAAAGAUAAUGGAUUCUCAAAAUUAUGAAUAAUGAAAUGAAAUUGUUGUAAUCAUGUUGCUCCGCAUCUCGGCAGGAAAACAGAACGCCACUGCAUUGGUCCCCUAAUGUACCACUGAAGACAUGCGAUGCACUGUGAUGACAAUCAAGACUUGCACUUAUCGCUCAGAUUUUAAAAUAAGCAAAAGGCCUUCGUAAGGCCUUCUGGCAAUAUAACAGCCUAAAAGA